AUGAGUGGAAUUUACAAAGAGAACUUGAGAAGUUUCAAUGAAACAAUGGAAGAAUUUUCGGAUGCCGUUCUAAUCGUCAAUGAUGAAAAGUUUUAUGUUUCCAAAUUGCGAUCUUCAUUCCCUGAUGCUCACUUGAAUGCGAAGAAAAUUCAUUUCUCAUUCAGCGGUAGCAAUGUUUUCAUUUUUGGUUUAUCUCAAUGGAAAACUAUUCAAAAAGCGUUCUUCUCUCGGACAGGAAAAUUCAACGAAGCAAAGAAAACUGAGAUCAAACUGUCUGGAAUCGAUGCGGAUGAUUUUCAGAACUAUCUUGAAGUUCUUUAUGGAGAACAAGCAAUUGAUGAAAUCACUGUCGAAGGAAUCCUCAUGGUGGCUGACAUAUACGACACCUCUCUGGUCACUCAGAAAUGUGAGAAUUUUCUACAGAAAGAAUCAAAGAAAGAACUGAAGAAGAAGAAGUUGCAAUUGUCUACUCGAUACAACUUGCCAAAACUUAUGAAACAGUGUCUCGGGGAGAUCAAAUCAAUGGAUGAUAUUGAAUCAGUGAUUCCCGGAGAUAUUCACGAUUUGGACCCAUCGAUCAUGGCGGAGUUCCUUCAAAGAGCGCUUUAUCUUUAUAAUUCUGAAUAA